UAUGUGCCGGUAUUUUUUACUCUCGCUGAGUUGAGUCGGUGGCGCGGCGAGGCGGUGUGGAAUUAAAAAUAAGUUCUCUGGACUCUGACAUGUAAAUGAGGUGCCGGGAAACGAGGAUUUUCGGGAUGACGGGCUCCUCUCAGUUCCACUACACUCCCGGGGGUGGCCUCUAAGUGAUGCACUCCAACUCCAGCACACCCACCAAGUUCGAUAAUAACAAUGAGAUUAAGAAGUCAGUCGAGAAAAUGAGCGAUUCCAGCAAGUCGAGCUACCAGGCGAUCAAGUCGACGGAAUCCCUGCAACCCUCCAGGAAGUCGAAAAAGAAAACCGGCGUCCACCUGAACAACCUCUGGUCGAUAUGGUACGGGAUAUUCUGCACGGCGCUGCAGGCCUAUGCGGCGUACAAGUGCCUGAAGAGGAUAUUGGGUUACUCUGUACUAACGUGGCCGGAGGGUCUGCCAUAUUUGGAACUAAACUGCAGCUUGGGACUCACUGGGGCAGCUUUGCUACUCUUGCCAUUUUUUCUUGCUGUGGCAAUUUUAAAGAUUGGCAACCUGGCUAACGACGGCUACAAACUGGGCAGACAGAUGGGCACCUGCAGCAAGGAGUCUCCCGAGAUCCUGAAGAGUGGCGGGUGCGGCCUAUUUAGAUACGGGGGACCUACCGCCCCUUUCAUCCACAUCGCCAUAUCGUUUUGUUUGCUCAUCCCCAAGCUACUUAUGGAGGCUAAACUUAUAGAAGCCGGUUUCUUGGCGCAAGAGUGGAUAUGGCACACGGACCUGGACUUCAUCAUCAUGCACAGGGAUCGCAUGGUCGUCCUCAGCUUCAUGACGGCCAACAAUUCGAAUUUAUCCCCCGCAUCCGUCAUGCAGGGCAGGGUGGCGCAUCCCACGAUGAGCUCAGGGAAGCCCAGCGCCAUGCCCUUUGUCAGCGGCCCCGCGGUGACCCACACGGUCAUAAAGACGCUGAAGGACAUCAUCGGUCACGAGAAUCACACAUCGUAUCACAACAAAAACAUCGAAACAGGAUGGGGCAGCCCCGUUAGCAUAGAGUACAUGAACCUCGCUCUGGCUCUCGUCAUAUACUCCGUGAGGUACCCAGCGCUUUUUUGGUCGACAAACAAGUGUCUAGGGUUGAUUUUUUCAUUCCAACUCCUGAUAAAUGGGCUGCACACGCUGCUUUCCUUCGCAGGCAUGUCAAUUUUGUACAAGGUGCACGUCGUCGGGGUAUGGAAGGCUCUUCCCCUCCUGAAACACAACUCGAGGGUGUACAACUUCGGCAACCCCACGCCAUUUUUGCUCAACUCGCAAGUGACGUUUGCCAUGUAUAUUUUAUCAACGCUAUUGGUUCUGGCCUCUAGCAUCGUGCUUUACUUCUACGGUCACACGAGGUUUAAUGCCUUCCUGAACCAAGAACGCGAGCGCAAAGUGAUAACCCUCAAAGAGGAAGGCAACGGCAACUUAUGGAGCUAUUUCACACACUGUGCCGCCCUCUGUGUGCUGCUGUCCAUAGGGAUAUGCAACGCGCCCCUCAUCCACGAUUACACCGUCGUGUACAAGGGUAGCCUGGACGACAUCACCCUGAUCUGCAUCAUCGGGGGCAUCCUCCACCUCUUCUUCUGGAUCGUUAUAUGGCUCUUCCUGACUAUAAAGCAGAAGUGGACGUUUAAGCUGAGGAUCACGAUUGGCAUGGCCACAGUCCGAGAAUCCCGGUCCCUAAGGCUGGUCCACGACGUCCACCUCAACAACCACAGAUCCGAGGACCUAACCCAACAACCCCUUCUGGUGGUGGGCAACGGCCGUACCUACAGCGUCAACGAGACGUCGCCCAAGCGAGCCAUCAUGGGCGUGAUCCAGAAGGCGGCCUUAAUAAAGAAAUCCAGAAGCAACGGCUCUAUAACCACCAACGACGACGGCGACGAGCAGAUCUACUGGCUCCGUCCCGCUUUGGUACCCUCGCAGAACUCCCCCGACGGGUCCAACUACUUCUGCUGGUUCAAGAAGAAGCCCAAGCACAAAGUGACGUUCAAUGAAACCACUAGUACGUCUGCAAAUCGCACCAAGAGCAGCGUUAGGAGGAGCACGAUCCCAGGAAUGGACGAGGAUGAUGGCGAUUACGCCACCCUGAGGGAAUUACCGCUGCCUCCCCCAUCAUCUCAGCGGCUGAGCAACGGGGACGACACCGCCAGCGAGGAAGGAAAGCUUCUGGCUUGCGUUCAUGACGAACACAUAACAUAUGCUAGUACCAACCAGGACUUCGAACCGCCUAGCGUUUUCGAAGACCGGAGUCCUUUACUAGAAGUAGAACCCUCUGUCAUUGUGCACAACAACACCGAUAAUGCGGUUGUUCCAGGGCAGGCCCCGCGGUGUCUGCGUCGUGCCGAUUCCGGCAUAAUGCCGCACGAGGAGAGAACAGGUAGAUCAGAUUCAGUAAGUACAGAAAGCUCUCACUCACCUCCUGAACCUCCAGGGAGCAACCAUAGCGAGACCUCUAGCGGUAUCCACUCGAACGAGAGCGAGAACCACCCCAUUACCGCUAAACCCGCUCCUCCGGCACAGGAGACGGACACCUCUCAGAACCUCAUCAACCUGAACGAGGUCCCUGUGGAACCCCAGCCGGAGAGCACGGUGGUCAUCAGAAGGAAGUCCAUCCGCCCAAGCAAAACCGAGUGCAUAGCCCCCGCUAUCCUGGAAGAGGACCCCUACGGCAGGGCCACCAACAUGAGGAUGACGUCUUUCACGGACAGGAAGGACCUGGCUCACAUCCAGUCUUGUUCCGCCACUUUGCCGCACUACCCGACUCAGCCGGUGCAGAACGUCUACCCGAACUGUUCCACCAUGCCCCUGCCGCAGCACACCACCACCAACACCGCCCCGACGACGAUGGUGAACGGGAACAGUUGCAACGUCUACCCCCGGAUGCACACCACCAUCCCCACGCACCACAACGGGGUGAAGCUGAUGUCGAACCCCCACAAUCCGUACGUGACAAGACUGCACUCCAAACCUGCCGGAGACCCAACCAAGUACGAACCAAUUUACACGAAGAUCAACAGAAAGUCUGGAGAAUUGUAUCACUAUACCUCGUAAGCUGUUUCUAUUGAUGUACACAAGGGAAAGGGCAAUUUUUUACGGCGCCUCCUUCUUUUGGAUAGAGGCGGUUUUAAGAGAAUCGUAAUUAUGUAUAACGUAGCGAAUUCUGGAGAUAUGUUUGUGUAUCUCUGGAUCUUUGGUGGACCCUGUAGUAAGAAAUUGUUAUACGACAAAUAUAUACGCACCUGUCAAAGUCAUAUUCUUUUAUAUAAGUUUUUAGAUAGAGAUAUUUUGUAAAUUAACUUUUAGGUAAAUAUCAUGGAAUAUCUAUCGGUGGCACACCAGUUGGUUUUUACGUUGUUGGAUGAUGUAGACGAAAAUAUACAAAAGUUACUAUCAAAAAGGACUGUCAGCGAAAAUCAAACACUGCCGCUAUCGUUUUAGGGGGAACAAAUAUCGCUAAUAAAAACUUUUAUCUGCUUUAACUGGUCAAAGAUUGGGAGAUACUUCAUUUGCAAUCAGUUCCUCCAAAUUAAAAUAGUUUUUGUGAAGUUAAAUUGUUCAGUUUUGUAUACAGCAUGUUUAGAAGUUUGACUAUCAAUCACCGUACGAUAGAUUACAGCUCGCCUAAACUCAAAUUGUUCUCGAGAAGCGCAGAAUCCAAUUUUCGCGAACUUGUUGAAAAAUAUACGGAUUUUUGUUAUUUCACAGAAAGCGGCAAAAAUCCGCUACCUGGACAUCGGAAACUUUGUAGCAACAACCAAAUAAAUACUUAAUAUACAUG